AUGCAUAACUAUCUGUCUGCGUAUCAAGCGCAUAUACUAUUUUUCCUUAAUAUAAUGAACAUUGAAUCUCCUGUUUUGCUGAGCUUUUGCUUCACAAACCUUUUUCCUCAUUCGCACUCUAACUUUUCUCACGCAAGUAGGACCAUAGUGUGGGUAUCUUUAAUGCCCAUUUUUUCUCAUCACUUCAUUGUAGUGUUUGAUCUAUAUGCUUUUCAUCCCUUUUUUUUUGAGGCGGAGGGGAGCAAAAGUUAGUCUUGUUGUCUGAUCUUGAAAUGUUUAUAAGCAAGGCUAAUGUGUAGGCGAAAGUACACUGCUUUUUCGUUCCGCCUGGUUAUGACUGUGAAUUUGUGUGGGAACGGUGUGGGCCAAAAGCCUACCUCUCCUCCGCUGGACCUGCGCGCAAGGCUCAGCGAGCUGCCUCUGUUUUGGCCAAUACGGCUUUGUUUGCUACCCAUAAAUUCAGGUGGCGGCAGUCCAUUUGCCUUAGCCUGAAAAAUUCAGUUGUAAGAGAAAAUGAAUCUGAUUUACGGGCAGUGUUGUAGCAUGGGGGAGAGGCCCAGACGUAAAAAUAGGAGAUUAAACGAUCAUCGGAUGGUUGAUAGCACCUAAUCCUGUGAUAAACCGUACAUCCUUUACUGAGAGGGGAUUCCGUAGGCGCCACAUAAAGAAGAAAGGGAGGCAAUCAGUCAGGGAAGAAAUGUAGCAAAGCACAGGGCAACAAGGUAAGGUGAAAAGGUUAAUUUGAUUCUAGCCGGGAUGUAUGUUUUCCAGAAUUGAGACUACUUCGUGCAACGGUUUCUCUGUUCCUCUUUGUAGUACUGCACCCUUUCGUUGCUGUUGUUGUUUCCCUUAUUUAUUCCUCCCAUUCAGUGUAUCGCCAUAUAUACAUUGUUUUAUCUGUAUAUCAUUGUAAUGUUUUAAGGUUGUGUGUAUUUAUUGUCCUCUUACUUUUAAAUUUUCUUUUUACGUAUGUAGACUAUUGCUAUGUAUUGGUCUUGUUUAGAAAACAUUUCCCUGAAUUACAUCAACAAUUUUACGGUGCACAUUAAGUGUAUUUUUUCGUUUUUUCCAUUGUUUCUUUGUAAUGGGCCAUUACAGAUAGUGUAGGAUCCUGAUUUACGAAGAGCAUCGUUUUAAUUUUGAAGAAAAAA